UAGGACUAGUAGGAGUAGAGCAGAAGUCGUGUGAAGUGAAGAGGAGCCUUGAUACAGUUUUCAUGACUCGUGAAGUUGUGUUCUGUAGAAACCUCAAUAAAGACUACAUCAGCAUCAGCAUCAUUAUGUCGAGAAGCUGCUAGUACGUGCGUCCCUCGCAGGAGAGCGAACAUCAUUGUGGUCAUACUCGUACCAGUCUAGUCUGAGAUAAACGAAUCUCAAUAAAUUAGUAAGGCCCAUGAAAGUAAGAAUAAUUGGAAAAAUGUGCUAACUGGCGCUAUGGCGUAUCGACCAUUAUGAUGGGUGACGCCUGAAGGCGCACGCGAGAGAGAGAGAAAGAAAGAGAGUGGUGCUGUUUGCUAGGCGCGCGGCUCAACGUUUUGCUCAGCGGCAAGCUGGGGGUAGCGAUGGAGAGUCAACGCUGGCUAUGGCCCGCCGUGCAUGCAGCGACUGCGGAGAUAGCGACGACGACGGCGACGACGACGACGCUAGAGCAGGUCGUAACCACGGACAAUUCCGGAACGGGGGAUAGUCCACGGCAGACGACCAUCAUUGUGGCCGUUUCCAGUCUUUCCAUGGCAGGCUGUUUAUUCAUUAUAAUGAGCUACGUACUGUGGCCAGACAUUCGAACUAGAACAAGACAGCUGCUGGUGUUUCUGAGCCUGGCGGACUUCAUGAACAGUGCAGGCAAUGCUGCCGGCGCUGCCUGUGCACAGUGGUGUGUAGCUGGAGCAAUGAAAACGGGCACGCUCAACUGCCAGCUACAGGCAUUCGUCACCACGUACUCGUCGCUGUGUUCGUUUGCGUGGACCGUUAGCAUAGCGAUAUUCCUGUACUGGAUGUUCAGCAGCGGUGACGUGGUGCUGGGAGAACGGCGAAUUGUCUCAUUGCACAUAUUUAGCUGGGGACUUCCCCUGGCCAUAACGCUAGCAGCUCAGUUUGGCGACGCACUGGGUAAUGAUGAUAGCCUGGACAGCUCCGGAUGGUGCUGGGUACGCCGGCAUCCCGGCACACCACACUUUGCUCCGAGUCCACGCGCCGGUGUGGACCCGAUGUUUGAGGAUCGCCGUGCUCGCACGUUCUGGCUGCUGAUGGGCGGCAAGGGCUGGGAACUGCUGGCCUACGUUUUCACUACUCUAUUCUACUUGGCCAUCAAGUGUCAUGUCUACGGGGAGACUCAUCACGGGCGCCAAAACCUGCUAACAUCUGCCGGAUUGGCAACUGCUCAGAAGAUUGAUCGUCGCCUGAUCUUUGUGCCCAUCAUGUUUGUGUUGCUGAGAAUAUGGGGCACAGUGCGCACUCUCCUGGAUAUUGCUGACAGCGGGGCGCAUCCUGAAUCAUGGUUCCAUAGCAGCACCCUUCGACUGCUCCAUGGCAUUGGUGACAAUUUGCCUGGCUUCUUCAACUUCAUCAUUUUCUGCUGCUUCUCGCCGAAGGUCCGGUCCAAGUUCCGCACUUGCUGCUCACUGGGUAGUGGCACAAGUCGGAGGCGAACACUUCUGGCCAACCGCCCUGCAUCACCAGGUGAGCGCGCCAGCCUUUUGGAGUCGGGCUCGGUGAAUGCCAGGGUCAGAACCUCGAUCACCGCAUCUGGACGAUUGACCCCUGAGCCCAGUAGGAACAGUGGCGUAAUGGUAGCCAGGAUGAAAAACCCAGUUUCGGCGCGAGCAUCGCCGUAUGCCGCACCCGGUGGUUCCAUCAGCUCAGCAAGCUCCAUGGCAAUUGCUCCUGCUCAGAUAUCACCCUGACUGAUUCUGUAUCAGUUCAAUGAUUGCCUUCCGGUACGACUUUGAGACACUGCUCGCUGCAGCUAGUGUGCUACAAGUAGACUAAUUGCUUCAACUGAAGUUCUGAAUUUUUGAAUCAGACGGUUUGAGUUGUAGUGCAUGGCACUGGCUAUACUUAUAGUGGCAUGAAUUCCAGUGUCCUUUCGAUAUGAUGUAUGACUGGCACUGACUGCCUGUCAACGUGUAGCACCGUGACUGAGCAGUGCAGGCUAGAGUUAGUAAGCUGCACGUCUAGUUGCAAAGUGCUGGUCCACUUUCUUUUCUCAUUUCCCGCAGUAAUUUUUUUGACUUGAUGAGGAGAAUGCUGGGCACUCCGAAAGGAUUGCCAUUUGAAACCUGCAUGUAUGACUGACACGGUAGAAGGAUUCCGCUGCUCAUAGGCUCCACACCUAAUGGCCGCUGGGGCAUCCGCGGCUUUAUUAUCGCUCUGCUUUCAGUGGAAUGUAUUCAUGUGCGAUACCUGGAAAACGAGAAUGUCUCUACAUGCUGUGCUGGCACAGUUCAUGUGGCAUCAUCGGAUUCCAAGCAAAUUUUCUUAAAUUUUACAAUCGUUACAAUCAUGUAUGGGUAUUUCAAAUACUUUGAAAUAUAUACUCUGCUCCUGCUCUGCUCUAUCAAAAUGGAUAAUUUCUUGGCGCCUUUUCUGCAUAAGCAUUCUUUUCCCUUCAGUCCCCAGUCACGGUCUCCAAUGCAAGAGGGAUGAAAUUGUACUCUUACCAUUCACUCCGCAGUCUCUUUAUAUUCAAUGCUCGUCGUACUUUAUCAGUGACAGCACCAGAGAAUCAUACAUACAUGUACACUCAAACGCCUCUUAUCCGGACGCCUCAGAUACGGGCACGUCUCUCUACCGGGCACCUUCAGCUUGAGUUCCUAUAGCACAAAUGCGUCGAAGUUGGGUUUUUUGAACUUUUUUCCGUAUGUGGAAGUGCUUAUGUUUCACUGCCAACCUAUGUAAUCCACUCAUUUUUAUCAAUGGGUUCCUUUUGUAUCCUCAACAUGUGCAAUACGUGCCAAAUAAACUUCUUCAAAAAAUGA